AUCACCAUGCAUUAAUUGAGCUGCGGCUUGCGACUCUGGCCGCAGUGUAUAGGGGUUUCACAAAGGAUAUAAAGACUGGAGACCCUCUGAUGGAUUGAAAACCUAAACAAUUACAAGAUGUUUCUGAACUUUGCAACAAUUAGCUUCAUCGCGACCCUUCUUUCCUUCGCCACCUCUGUCACGGCCCAUCCCACUGCCAAUCUCAUCCGAGAGCCAAAGGACUCCCCUAGAUUCGCUGGUGCGAUCCUCAGUGAAUCCACUUAUGAUCGGGUUACCUCGACCUUUGUUAUUCCGAAAUUUGGCCCGAACAAUUCGACCGUGCCGGAUGGCACCCAGUACUUGAAUGCAGUAGUUGGCCUUCAGUGCACUCAGGCUGUUCGUAUCUACGCAUUUGUUGGUUUCUCAAUUAGUCCCGAUGGGGGUGUGUAUGUCUCUGCACUGGGACCUGUUCCCCCGGCAGUAUCCUUCAAUGUCGGGGAGACAGCUAGGAUAACCGUAGAAGUGGCGAACAACGGAUACAAUGCAACUGUUGAGAAUUUAACCUCUGGCAACGCGACACACGGACACAUGCCUUCAGCUAUACCUCCUACCUGUAACACGACAGUAUGGGGUAUCGAGGGGCCCAACUCUCGGCCUUUUGUGGGCAGUAUCAUUUUCUUCAACACGUUCGCUCGUCCCGCAAACGGGCUGCCGGAAGUUGGUCCGGGGGGAGCAACCAUUCAAAACAUCGUUACACCUAAUGGGGCAAAUCUUACUUCCACUUACAUCACCUCUUCCCCAGGAAUAACCAUCUCAUAUCUCUGA